CAUAAUAAUAAUGUAUUUACUCAGGUCAAAAGUUUUUACUUUAGAUGUUUUAGACUGUAAUAAAUUUAUUUAUUGAUUGAUUUUCCCGGCUAUUGUGUAAUUUACAGGAAUUUAUGAUUGAUCAUUUUUAAACCUUCACAUAACAGCACCAUAUUUACGUCUAUUUUAUCCAUGCUGAGCAAUAUAGUUAUAUUUACAGUAUAUGCAUUUAGAGUUUUGAAUUCAAUUGAUUUACUGUUCAUCAACUUAAGGUUUAUAAGGUGUGUUAAACAUCAUCAAAGAUGUAAGGACAUAUUCAUGUUGUCAGUUUGUUUUCUAUUACAGUGGAUUUUCCAUUGGUGUCUCAGAUGUGCAGAAAUAUUGAAAAUGGCUGAAGCUAAAGAAGUGUCAAAAACUAGUCAAGGGUUGUCUGUUGUUUGCCAGUCUGAUAUUGUAUUUUCCCAUCCUGGAGAUGAUGUUGUUCUGUCAUGUCAUCUUAAGCCGGCUAUCAGUGCUGCUUCAAUGGAGAUUCAGUGGUGGCAUAAGGAGGAUCCAGUUUUCCAUUAUAAGAAUGGACAGAUGACAGUGAACAUAGACUUUGAGGGUCGAGUGAGUCUCCCAUUGCAAGAUCUACAAAAUGGAAAUGUGUCUUUGACUCUCAGAGAUAUCAGGAGUUCACAGAAGGGCCUCUAUAUUUGUGAAGUCACCCAUGAAAGUCAGUCAAUACAAGAUACUGUCUUUCUCCAUAUCAGCUCUGUAGACUUUAGUCUUGUGGUUUCAUCUGGCCCUGUGUGUGCGGCCCCUGGGGAAGACAUCAUUUUACCCGUUCAUCUCUUACCUGAAACCAGUGCUGUGUCCAUGGAAAUCAGAUGGUUCAGAGGGACAGAGCUCAUUUAUCAGUAUAUGAACGGACAGGAGAUGACAAAUAAUGACUUUGAGAACCGAGCCAGUCUGUCCAUCCAGGAGCUGAGGAGAGGAAAUCUUGCUCUGACUUUGAGAAAUGUUCAGCCAUCAGAUUCAGGGGACUAUACAUGCAAAGUCUUUCAUGAUGGAUGUCAGAAGAGAGGAGUAGUUCACUUGCAAGUUAAAGAGAUUGAGAGAGUGAAACAUCUCUGCAGUGUCAUAAAGCAAACACAUGAAGACAUCACGCAGCAAAGAGUAAAACUAAAUGAAACCUUAAAGUUGCUUGAAGAAACACUCAAUAAUGUUGAUCGGUCAUCUAGCCGUUUAAAUAGUAUGGAAGGGAUCCCUCCAUUCAUGCAAGAUCAUAGCAAAUUGGAACGACUCGACAUGGAAGACAGGACAGCAGGUUCUACAUGUACCAGAAAAAGUAUGGAAGGAAUUCUCCCACUCAUGGAAGCAGAGCGUGGCAGUCAAAGAACAAUACAAACUAGAGAAGCGGAUACUGCCACUGAGCAAGAGUUAUCAUCACUAGAUACGUCAUCACAGGUUUUGCAAAGACUAAGAAGAUUAGAAUUUGUAAGUUUAACAGAGAGAGCUACACAAACCCAACAGAGCCUUGAAGCAACAAUGCAAAGCACUCAAGAAAGGAGACAUGAGACUGUUUCUGCAGAGCAAGAGAGAUCUUCAUCAGCUGUACCACUACAGGUACAAGAGAGACCAGGAACAUCACAAUCAGAUACAGCACAAGCACUACAGAGGCCAGAAGGCAGGAGGCAAAGGAGACAAGAAAAAAGAGAGAGAAAAUGCCAAAUUUUGUAAUUAAAUAUACUCUUAAUUACUAAAGGUUUAUUGUGAUUAAACAUUUGUAUAGAAUAGAUCUUGAAUAAAUGACAGCUUUUCCUACAUUUUAGAUUUGUUAUGGAGUUAUCUGGAAUCAUUCUUAUAUUUGUGAAAUCCAAAAUAAAGUUGCUGUAAGUGAUUUUAGCCAUGUUGCUAACUUAAAUCAUGUGCCUUUACAGAAAAUAGUGUGUUUCCGAUUAAUUAUGUCUUCUGAUUUGGGGUUUGAUAACAUCUUAGGAUUUAUAAAGAUUUUGUGUUAUUGUGUUAUUCUAAACCUGCAUGACUUUUCUGAAACAAAAAUGAAUUUUUAAAACUUAUUUUUAAAUAAAUUGUCAAAUGAUAUUUUUUUUUUAACAUUGUAUCUGCGAAAUUCAUGAGAUACUGUAUGACUGUGAAUUUAAGUAGAACAAAACAUAAGCACCUUGUUAAUUUA